GCCAGACGUAAGGCCAGCAUCCCGCAGACGACACUUCCAUCGCCGCCGGCGCCCAGCAGGUAGUCGCUGGCAGCUGGCUGUGGUGCGGCCGGUCAUUCAGUCCAAGCCAAGCAGCAGCGGGUGUUGGUAGCGCGACGUGAACACUGUCAGGAUGUCUAAGAUUUCUUGUGGACCAGUGGUGGAGGUGCUGGGUGAUGAAAUGACCCGCAUCAUCUGGGACCUCAUCAAGCAGAAGCUGAUCCUGCCCUUCCUGGAUGUAGAGCUGCACACCUUCGACCUGGGCAUAGAGAACCGGGAUGCCACCAAUGACCAGGUGACCGUGGACUGUGCCAAUGCCAUCAAGAAGCACAGUGUAGGCAUCAAGUGUGCCACCAUCACUCCUGAUGAGAAGAGGGUCGAAGAAUUCAACCUUAAGAAGAUGUGGAAGUCGCCCAAUGGCACCAUCCGCAACAUCCUGGGUGGCACAGUGUUCCGAGAAGCCAUCAUCUGCAACAACAUUCCCCGCCUUGUGCCAGGAUGGAAGAAACCCAUCAUCAUUGGGCGCCAUGCCCACGCUGAUCAGUACAAGGCAGUGGACUUCGUUGUGCCAGGCCGAGGGAAGCUGGAGAUCAGUUGGAUUCCUGCUGAGGCGGGAGCACCAGGAGUGAAGGAGGUGAUUCAUGACUUCCAGGGGGCAGGUGUGGCCCUGGGCAUGUUCAACACUGAUGACUCCAUCAGAUCCUUUGCUCACGCCUCCAUGGUGUAUGCCCUGGACCGUCAGUUGCCCCUCUAUAUGUCUACCAAGAAUACCAUUCUCAAGAAGUACGAUGGUCGCUUCAAGGACAUCUUCCAGGAGGUGUAUGACAGAGAGUAUAAGGCCAAGUAUGAGGCUGCUGGCAUCUGGUAUGAGCAUCGGUUGAUUGAUGACAUGGUGGCCCAGGCCAUGAAGAGUGAGGGAGGCUUUGUCUGGGCAUGCAAGAACUAUGAUGGAGAUGUGCAGUCAGAUUCAGUGGCCCAAGGAUUUGGAUCACUGGGCAUGAUGACAUCUGUGUUAGUUUGUCCUGAUGGCCGCACACUGGAGUCUGAGGCAGCUCAUGGCACAGUAACUCGCCACUACCGCCAGCACCAGCAGGGAAAAGAAACCUCCACAAACCCCAUAGCUUCCAUCUUUGCUUGGACACGUGGCCUGGCCCACCGUGCCAAGCUUGACAACAAUGAUGCCCUCGCCAAGUUUGCCUUGGCCCUGGAGGAUGUCUGUGUACAAACUAUUGAGUCUGGUGCCAUGACCAAGGACUUGGCCAUCUGCAUCAAGGGCAUGUCCAGUGUGACGCGGGCAGACUACCUCAACACUUUUGAGUUCCUCGAUAAAUUGGCAGAGAACCUCAAGAAGAAGAUGGGUGCUGCUUGACUAAAUCCUCCAUCAGCCAGACUCUAGCACAACAUUCCCUACAUUACAGUAGCCAGUAUUGGUCUCUAGAGAGGCAGAACACUUUUAUAGCAUUCUGUUAUUGAAAGAGCAUAAACUCCCAGCCUUUGUAUUCUUGGAAGUAUUUUUCCUAGUCUGGUCACAUCAGGGAUAGAAAAUAAUAGUCCAGUGUCUUAAAAAAUAAACAUAAUUUUUAUAUGUAUUCAAAUAUCUGUGUUUUCAUCAGUUGUUACUCCAUAAUGUGUCAGCAUACAUUUUUUUUUAUUGCCACCAUUUGCAGCUUGUAAAUGUCUUAACUGUGUGUGUGUGUGUGUGUGUGUGUGUGUGUGUGUGUGUGUGUAAUGAGAAAAUAAUGUGAUCUUGGUAUAAUGUUACAGGGUGAAAUGUUUUUACAUUGAUACAUGCACCUUAACAGUCAAUGUCAGCAAAAAAAAAGUUGACAAAUUCAUCAGUUUAUUUACAUUUUAAUUUUACAUGCAUUAUUUUUUGCUUGAUUAAUCCACAUAAACAAAGAUUGUGUUUAAAACAA